GCGGGCACCACCGGAGUGGGCUCCGUGGGUGUUGGGGCCGGAGUUUCCUCACUCCCCGCCUGGCCGUCGCUCCUCCGCUGACUCCGCGCCCUUCUACGGGCCGUCUCCCACCCCCCUGAGCGGACGCAGGGAGUCGAGGCCGGGCGAACCGGGCGCCAUGAAGGGCAGCUGCCUAACGGGCGCCGCGGCGGAGGGGCUGGACGGCUGAGGGCCCGCGCUGGGCCGAGGCAUGCGGAGCCCGGGCGGGAUCCUGCUCCAGGCGCUGCCCCGGCUGCUGCAGCACGCCGCCCUCCCGGGCCUCGCCGAGCUGCCGGCCCGCUGGGCCCUGCCGCGGGGUGCGGGCGGGGACGGCCCGGCGGACCGCCUUCCCCGCGGGGGCGGGGCGAGCGCGGCGGCGGCAGCAGCGGCGGCCUCGGGCGCCCUGCUCGGCGCCUAUCUGGAGCGCCACGGUCCGCCCGAGGCUUCGGAGCUGCCGGAGCCGGGCGGGGCCUUGGCGGGCGGCCCCGGGAGUGGCGGCGGCGGCUUGGUGGUCGGCGUGGCCGAGGUGAGAAACUGGCGCUGCUGCUGCCUCGGCAGCACCUGUUGGUGCCGGAGCCUCGUGCUGGUCUGCGUGUUGGCCGCCCUGUGCUUCGCUUCCCUGGCCCUGGUCCGCCGCUACCUUCAGCACCUCCUGCUGUGGGUGGAGAGCCUUGACUCGCUGCUGGGGGUCCUGCUCUUCGUCGUGGGCUUCAUCGUGGUCUCUUUCCCCUGCGGCUGGGGCUACAUCGUGCUCAACGUGGCCGCUGGCUACCUGUACGGCUUCGUGCUGGGCAUGGGUCUGAUGAUGGUGGGCGUCCUCAUCGGCACCUUCAUCGCCCAUGUGGUCUGCAAGCGGCUCCUCACCGCCUGGGUGGCCGCCAGGAUCCAGAGCAGUGAGAAGCUGAGCGCGGUUAUUCGCGUAGUGGAGGGAGGAAGCGGCCUGAAAGUGGUGGCGCUGGCCAGACUGACACCCAUACCUUUUGGGCUUCAGAAUGCAGUGUUUUCGAUUACUGAUCUCUCAUUACCCAACUAUCUGAUGGCAUCUUCGGUUGGACUGCUUCCUACCCAGCUUCUGAAUUCUUACUUGGGUACCACCCUGCGGACAAUGGAAGAUGUCAUUGCAGAACAGAGUGUUAGUGGAUAUUUUGUUUUUUGUUUACAGAUUAUUAUAAGUAUAGGCCUCAUGUUUUAUGUAGUUCAUCGAGCUCAAGUGGAAUUGAAUGCAGCUAUUGUAGCUUGUGAAAUGGAACUGAAAUCUUCUCUGGUUAAAGGCAAUCAACCAAAUACCAGUGGCUCUUCAUUCUACAACAAGAGGACCCUAACAUUUUCUGGAGGUGGAAUCAAUGUUGUAUGAUUCUAAUGAGAUACGUGAUUGUCAAGAGCCUAGUGUGCUAUCUAAGGUCUAGCAGUCACUUCACUAGUGGGCAGAGACAAGUUCUAAUUGUAUUACGGCACAAACAAAACUGACUGGUUUUUAAAUUGCACAAUUUUUUUUUUUAAAGCAAGAAUCAUUUUCUGGGUAUGUAAGUGUAAAUGUAGAUGCAAAUUUGGCUGCACCUCUUUAUCAUGCCUGUAUUGGCCUAUAGGUCUGCACUUUAGUGUUUUUUAAUUGUUUUAUUUCUGGGUAUUUACGAACAGAGAAAUAACCCAAAUAUUAUUUCUGCUUAGUGUCUUUAUUUAUAAAGCCCAUGAGUAGUUUGUAUGCAUCUUUCCUACUUGUAAAGAUGAGUAAAAGUAUGCAGUUUUAAAUUUAUAAUAUUAUUGGAUGUUCUUUGCUUUGGUAGUCUUUCCAGAAAGGAUAAACAGUGGUUUUUGUUUUGUUUUGUUUUAUUGUUUAAGUGGGACCACUUAGCUUCCCAUUUCCUUACUAGUUAAAGAACAGACAUUAAUUUUCAGUUGAAUGUAUUUUUGCAGGCAUCUUAUUGUUACAGGGCCAUUUACACCUAUUCACAAAGCUUAAAUCCUACCUUGUGGGACUGAAGUGCUCUUAAUAUAACUGUUUAUUUUCACUGUGUAAUAUGCAAAGCAAAAGGGAAAUUAUUUGGUGGAUGGUAGCUCAAAAUUGGAACUCUUGUUCUAAUUCAGUUAUGUUGGCUUUACCCUCCUUAGAUUUUUCAUCAAAGGGCUGUCCCAUUGCAGUCUUACUAAAACAUUUUGUUAAAAUCAACUUUUUUCCUUUUUAUAUUAAUAAUUAGGCUUUUAAAUAAAGAUGUUAUUCCUUUAAAAUGGUGGGCUUACCAUCAUUGAAGAUGUCACUCAGGUGGCCUUGUUUGAUCAAAACGCCUUUUUUAAAAACCAAGCUUUAAAAACAUGUUUAUAAUUUCAUGAAGUACAUAUAUAUUGUUCCCAUAGUCUUCAGCUUUAAAACUAUAAAUAUGAUAUUAAGUUAAUGCCCAAAUUUGUGUUACUUGCCCUACUUUAAGUAGGUUUAUUGUGUUUGUUUUUUCAGUACUUGUUUUUCUCUGAUAAGACUCAGGAAUUCUGAAAUGUGAAAUUGUCUCAAUUCUUUCUCUUGUAGCAUGAAUCAAAUGUAUUUAUUAAUAGCACUUAUGACUAUAGAAUAUAAUUUGGCAUAUGAUUCAUAUUACAUAUGUAUUCAUUUUAUUUUUAAAAUAGUUUAUAAACUUAAUGAAUUUUUUUUACAAAUGAGGUUAUAGAUAUUAAUGCAAAUUUUCUGGUAGGUAUCUCUUUUUUUGCUGUGAUGAUUCCAACUUAUCAGAGACCUCCCAUUUGCCUUUUCAUUACGGUGAAAGCUUUGCCCUCAUCGACUAAAGUACAAAGGAAUUCUUUGGAAGCAGAUUAUUCUAGUCUUAUGCUAGAGAUGAAUUUGAUCAUUUUAAUGUGUGAUCUUUUUGCUCUAUCAGGUAUAAUUGUUUUCCUUUCCUUUAUAAUGCGUAAGUUUUCUCACCUUUGAAUAACAGUAAAGUUCAUUUAUAUGUCCAUACCUAGAAGACCAGUGCAAAUACUUUGAGAGCACCUGGGUCUACAGGACAUAAUUGGCAUCUAAAUCCUCAUUUCUUGCUAUUAGUAGGAAAAUAGAUACAGUAUUGGAAUACCCUUAUUCUUUUUGAAUCCUAAUUACUCAUUUCGGUUUUUUUUCUCUCUUUUGAAUCCUAGUUGCUGGUUUUUAAUGAUUUUAGUUUAGCAAUCCCAACCAACAAUACAUUUGAUUUAUUUUUUUCUGUCUAACCUGACAACCUUUUUCUUGUGCUUCUUGUUGGUUAGUUUUUGUGAAAGGAAUCAUUAUUUAAGAUCACUGUUUUCAUACUUGUUUUACACUUCACGUAUUUUGAAGUACAUUUAUUUACUUAGCAUUUGUGACUUGAAUAAUUUCACCAAAUGAAUACAUUUUGGUAGUUUGUAAUGAGUUCUUCUAAUUGUUACACUUUGCUUGGUACUUAACAAUAAAUAUGUAAAGGUAAAAGAAAUAAUUUUCUGUAUUCUGCCAAUCUUAAUUUUAUAUAAUAAAUCAUCCAUUUUUUUCUUAAAAUAGUAUGGAUUGACUGUUUCUAAAAUACCACUCUAUGGCUGUGGUUUUUCUUUUCUUCAGCAUUUCCAGCAUCCAAGUAAACAAUAGUCCCUUAUAGUCCUGCUACUUGAUGGGUGAAUUUGGUUGCUGGGUUUUUAAGUUGCACUCACAAUAAAUCGUGCAAAGCAUUGUCAUGCCUUAUUUACUCCAUUUUUAAUCCUGCAUCCCAGAUUUAUGGCAGCAACACAUAUCUACAGGAUACUUUUAUGUUGUCCAAAUAUUGCUGUCAGUCAUAUGUACUUAUAAAAUGUCUCCAGUCAUGUAUAUGUAUAGAAAUGAAAUGUCAAAUUUCUCAGACUGUUAAAGUGCAGUAUAAAGUUGCUUAAUGCACACUUAAAAAAUGAUAUAUAAUUUCUGAAUCUUAUGAAAUAUGUGUUCUUUUUUAAUUCUUUGGGCAUUUUCUUAAAUUUUACAUGUUUUUUGGUUUAUUGUUAAUGAUUUUGUUUACUCUUUGCCAAAUUUUGUCAUGUAGGUUAUUUUACAAUAGCACCUUUAAAAAAAGUAUAUGCUAAUUUACUAAGCAUAUUCAUAUCCAUUUUUAUUUGAUCAUCUGAUUUGUGAAAUAACUUGAAAUUUGUACUGUUUGGUUUGUGAAAAUAAUAUUACCAAAUCUCUGUCAUUAGAAUGUGUACUUUAUGUUCAGAAGUGACUGUGGGUUUAUUCAGAGCCAGCCAUUCUCUCCCUUGAUGCACUUUGUAACCAGCUACACAUGCUUUUAGGUGGCUUUUCCCUGAUAGGGUCAAGUAUAUGACUAUAAAACAUUUUUCUUGUGAAGCUAUUAAGUUCAUUAGUUACUCUUAUUUCCCCUUGUUGUAACUAAGUGGUGCAGGUAUAAGCAUAUCCCCAGCAUUCCUGUGUGUGUGAAUGUGCACUGCUGAUUUGGACUGUUCUUGAGAAAGGUGCUGUGACUUAACAUAUGUCAAUAUUUGUUAGCUCUGGGGAUAUCUUUAGAAUGCUUGAGAAAGUUGUUAGGUGUGUGCCAGAUUGGUGAAGGUAAAUCCCUGCUGUUCACAGCCAAGCAGCAUUUCCAGAGAAAAGGAGAGUUUUACAUAGACCCCAGGAAAAACAGUACUAACCUGGUUGAUGGCCUUGGUGGAAUUUUGUUUCAGCCAGAGGCUACUCAUUAUAUCAGAAUGAUGUUCAGUAUAACACUAUCUGAUUUUUAGAUUGGUCCAUUUCUGUUGUAAUCAAGUCUUUAGGAUGUAAUCUUUUUAAAGUCAUUGCUUUAAUCUGAAAAGCCAUUAGAAGGGAGAGGAAUCACUGUUCCACAGGAUAUUUAAAACUCAGGAGUUCAAAUAACCUCACAUAUUGAACAUAAACUGUUAACUUAUUCCACAACUAAAUUCUAACCUGAUACUUAUGAAUUGCAAAGUGAUUGCUGCAAACUUUUUCUAAGGUGGCUGAAGAUUUAAAAUACAUCAUUCUAAAGGGAAAUCAGUAAAAUGUCUUGAUAAUUGGUAUCCAAAUCACUUGUGUGCCUGAGAAAAUAAAAGGUUAUAUUUUA